GUGUCGGUGUUUGGGAGGAGCAGAGCAGUAUACUCCCCAGGAGCGGAGCUGAAGAGAGCGAGACAUUGUUGUGGAACUGGUCAAACGAGUAAAGGAUUAACUGGGAAUGAGGAAGCAGCAGGGAUUAACGCCCAAGAAUCUCAGACAUCACCCGUCUGUGAAAACUCUGCUUAGCAGGGUGUGGGGAGUCCCUGCGCGAUGGACCCACAGCCAGCUCCAAGCCUGGUCGAUAAGGAGCUGGACGACAAGGAGCCCAGUGCUGACUCGGGGCUGAUGAAGUUUGUGGUGGCCCUGCCCACUCAGAAAGCUGAUGGUAAUGGGAAUGAGGUGCUCAAUGUGGAAGUGUCGCCAAACAGUACAGUGAGGAGCCUCUGGCUGAUCAUCUGGCUCAGAGCUAGCCAGGAGAGUGAGAAACCCUCCAUCUACCGUCUGUCCGACCCAGAGUCCCACCAGCUCCUCUACAAGAAGGGAGCGAUUUGGUAUGAGAUUUAUGACAGCCAGCAGUUCCUGCACACGCUCGACGCGGUGAAGUACUGGAGGUGUCUGGGUUCUCAGAAGUGUGUCCUUUACGUCAAACAGCGACCCAAGGUGACGAGAGAGGCUGAGAUAUUCCAGAAGGAUCUGGCAUACCUGAUUGGCUAUGACGUGCGGAGCACUGUUGCCGAGCAGCCGGGGGAGGUGGCCUGUGCCCGAAGGAAACUCGCCUCUUCUCGGAAAUCCGAGAUCCACAAUCGGGAUCGGCGGGAUUACGCAAUGGAACCUUGGCUGGCUUCCUGCCCUCUCCCCAAAACCCUCCAGAGUCAAAUCAGCAAGGAGUUGGUGGUGGUCGUCUCCUACAACACCAUCAGCCACAAGAUGAAGGUGGGGAUUUACGACACAGCGGAUAUGGUGGCCCGCCUGUCCAGACAGAAGAUGGCAGAGAGAGGGUCACUGAUGCGGGGGGCUGACCAUCGCUUCGUCUUGAAGGUCUGGUGCAGGGAAGAGUACAUCACGGGAAACUGGUCCCUCAUUGACUUCACCUGGGUGAGGCGCUGCAUCAAGAAUAAAGAGGAAUUGCGACUGGCACUGGUGCCCGCUCCCUGUCCGGCAGACGAUGAGGUGAAGAUGGAGGACUGGUAUUUGGUUGAUCAGUGCACAGGCCUCACCACCACCCAUGACCAGUUGACCCUGAGGGACAAAGACAUUGAGCAGAUUCGGAUGCUGUCGCUCUGGGAUUGCAGGCAGCGUUUCCGAGUCAAGCUUGUGGGUUUGGACAUUCCCAUUCUUCCCAGCAAAAGCCUCCCGAAUGUAUUCGUGGAGGGAACUGUUCACCACGCCACCAAUGUCCUUGCUUCGGCCCGGUCCCCGCCCAUGGCGCUGGCCGAGGAGGUUUUGUGGAAUACUUGGCUGGAGUUUGACAUUGCAGUGAAGAACCUGCCCAAAGGAUCGCGGUUGGCUCUGUCUGUGUACGGCCUGGACCAGGAGAACUCGCCCUCGAGAGAUAGGAGGGCCAGCUCCCAGAGCAUUAGGGACACCGCGGAUGGUCACAGAGGGAAGAGCAAGCUCCUCUACUUUGUCAACCUCCUCCUGAUUGAUCAUCGUUCACUCCUUCAGCAAGGGCAGCACGUCCUCCACAUGUGGACCUACUCGUCUCGCGAGGAGAGGCUGGUCACCCACGAAGUGGACAAACUCUCUUCCAAGACAAACCCUGACAUCGAGAACUCGGCAGCGAUCUGUAUCCUGCUGGACAGUUACAAUUACCCGGUGGUGCUGCCAAGUGGCAUGGGCUCAUGGUCCUCAAAGGUUGACCAACCUGAAGAGGAGGAGGUGGUAGUGCGACAGGAAGUGGUGCAGGAGGUCUCUCGGUGUUCCCUGAGCGGCUCCCAGAAGGACUUGCUGAAACGGUUCACAGAGGAGUGCGCCCAGUACAGUCUCUCACUGCCCACCUUCCUCAGCACCGUCCAAUGGGGUGACCUAAAGGCGGUGGAGGAAGUGCACUGGCUGUUUGAUCACUGGAACCCUCCGGAGUUGGAUAUUGCUGUCGCACUGGAACUGCUCAGCAUCAACAUUGCGGAUGAGAAGGUCAGGACACUCUCCGUCCAGCGACUGGAGCAGGUGGACAAUGACCAUCUGUUGAGAUACCUCCUGCAGCUCGUCCAGGCGUUGAAGUUUGAGCCAUACCAUGACAGUGCCCUCGCACGGUUCCUCAUCCGGCGCGCGCUCAGGAGUAAGAGAAUUGGCCAUUUCUUCUUCUGGUACCUCCGCAGUGAGGUCACGUCUUCCCCAUAUUUCUGUGACCGGUUUGCACUGGUUCUUGAGGCCUACCUGAUGGGCUGCGGGCGGUCGGUCAUCGAGGGGUUCCAAAAACAGGUCCAGUUGGUUGAGGCCCUCAGCCAGGUCGCCACGGAGAUCAAGAAGAUCAUUCCGGAGAAGAGUGACCUCCCGCCCAAUGCCAGCAGCAUGGUGCAGGAUAUGUUGAGGAACGCUGAGCUGCCCCAGGACUUCCUGACUCCGUACGACCCCCGCAUCAAGGCUGGCACCAUCCUGCUCGAUCGGUGUAAGGUCAUGGCGUCCAAGAAGAAGCCGCUGUGGCUGGAGUUUUCCUGUGAGAGCCCUGAUGGGACACCGUGCCAACCCAUUGGCAUCAUCUUCAAACAUGGUGACGACCUUCGGCAGGACAUGCUCAUUAUCCAGACUCUGGUGAUAAUGGAUUCGAUUUGGCAGCAAAACGCACUCGACCUCAACCUGAUGCCGUACGGAUGUAUCGCCACUGGAUACAACAUAGGGAUGAUUGAGAUCGUCAGGGACGCGGUAACCAUAGCAACCGUGCAGAGGAGCAAGGGCGGGAACACGGGCGCCUUUAAAAAUGACGCACUCUACGAUUGGCUGAAAUGCAGACUGCAGGUCGAGGAGUCGUAUUACCAGGCGAUGGAGACAUUUGUAACUUCCUGUGCUGGGUACUGUGUCGCUACAUACGUGCUGGGGAUCGGAGACCGACACAAUGACAACAUAAUGAUAACAGAACAAGGUAAUUUGUUCCAUAUUGAUUUUGGUCACAUCCUGGGCAACACAAAGAGGAUUCUGGGAGUGAACCGGGAGCGGGUUCCCUUUGUCCUGACCCCGGAUUUCCUGUACGUGAUGGGCCGUGUGAACAGGCGCCCCAGUCUCUACUUCCACAGGUUCAAGGAUAUCUGCAUUCAGGCCUACAUGAGCCUGCGCCUGCACUCCAACCUCCUGGUGACUCUGUUCUCCCUGAUGAUGUUGACGGGAAUCCCGGAGUUGAGCUGUCUGAAAGAUAUCCAAUACCUGAGGGAGGCUCUGGCUGAGGGGAAGGAUGAGACAACAGCAAGUGAGCACUUCCUCAGCCAGAUCAACGCCUGCGAGAGCCUGGGCUGGACCGUCCAAGCAAAUUGGUGGAUCCACAUGUUCAUGGGGAUUAAACAGACCUGAGCAGAAAGAUGGGCUGAAUGGCCUGUGACAUUCCAGCUCCAUGUUCCCGCUCCCUGGAAGAGUCCAUCCAGCCCGAUUCCACCACCCUCUCCCCCACCAUCUCUCCCCCAGCCUCCCCCCCACCAUCUCUCCCCCACCCUCUCCCCCCCCCUCUCCCCCACCCUCUCCCCACCCUCUCCCUUACCCUCUCCACCCACCCUCUCUCCCCCCUCCCCCACCCUCUCCCCCCCACACUCUCUCUCACACCCU